AUGCAGCAUAAAGGCAUCAUGCUGAUUGUGUUCUUGGAAUAUUUUGUAUCUGGCCAUGGGGAAGCAGACCCCACCAGGCUCCGAGCCUUCCGCUGCAAUGGCCGCUCCUGCAACCCUCCGGUGGGAAACCUGGCAACAGGGAGGACACCAGUCACCCUCACCACGUGUGGCCAGAACAGCACAGAGCUCUACUGCUUCUACCCAGACCAGAAUCUCCUCCAUCGGGUCUCCCACGGCUGUGGGCAGCCUCGCUGCACCAAGUGCAACGCCAACCAGCCUGAUAACUCCCAUCUCCCGGCUGACAUGACGGACGAUUUCUUCGCAAACCCCAUCUCCUGGUGGCAGUCUGCCCAAGGGGUACACAGGGAAGAAAUCAGACUGGACUUUGAAACAGAAUUCUACCUGACCCAUGUCAUCGCUGUGUUCAAGUCACCUCGCCCAGCUGCGAUGGUGCUGGAAAGAUCCCAGGACUAUGGGCAGACUUGGAGGCCCUACAAGUAUUUCUCUGUCAACUGUACAGCGACUUUUGGGCUCCAGGAUGAUCUCAUUGAGGAGGGCUCCAUGUGCACAUCCAGGUAUUCAGAUGCAAUGCCCUGCACCAGAGGAGAGGUGAUCUAUCGUGCCUUAAGUCCGGCUAACAAGAUUGAAGACCCCUACAGUCCUGAGGCUCAAGAUCUCCUGAAACUCACCAACCUCCGCCUCCUUCUGUUGAAAAGACAGGAAUGUCCCUGCCAUGGUUUGGGAUUGGUGGAGAAACCCCAGAGAUUUGCCCACUAUGCUAUUUAUGACCUGAUCAUCCGGGGAAGCUGCUUCUGCAAUGGGCAUGCAGAGGAAUGUGAGGUUGCCAACAGGACAGGAGUCAUGGAGAAUGUGGUUCAUGGGAAGUGUGUGUGUAGACACAACACUGCAGGAGACCACUGUGAGAAAUGUGCACCGCUGUACAAUGACCAGCCUUGGAAGCCGGGAGAUGGAAAAACAGGGGAACCAAAUGAAUGCAGAAAGUGUCGCUGUCACAACCAUGCUGACAGCUGCCACUUUGACCUGAGCGUGUGGCUGGCAUCAGGGAAGCGCAGUGGUGGGGUCUGUGACAACUGCAAGCACAACACAGAGGGACACCGGUGCCAAAGGUGCAAACCGGGGUAUUACCGCGACAGAGGGAAGCCCAUGUCUUCUGCAGAGGUCUGCAAACCCUGUGCCUGCCAGCCCAUGGGUUCAGCCAACGCGACCUUCAAAAGAUGCCACCCCAAGACAGGGUUCUGCUACUGCAAACCAGGCGUGGCGGGUCCCAGCUGCGACAGGUGCCUCGUGGGCUACUGGGGCUUUGGAGAACACGGCUGCCGCCCUUGCGACUGCGCCAGCGACUGCGACCAGCACACCGGGACCUGCUUCAACGGCUAUGACAAUGAGCCAUUCUUCAACAUCCCCAUCGGGGGCCGAAUCCCCGACCUUGUGCAAACACCAGCCAACGAGAGCGAGGAGGAGUGGAAAUGGAAUGACCACGAGCAGGGAUUUUCUGCACUGAGGCACCCAGAAAAGUGUGUUUGCAAAGAAAAGGUGCUUGGAAGCGUCUCUGACUUCUGCCAAAUGAAAUACGCUUAUGUGAUAAAAGCAAGAAUCCUGUCAGCUCAUGACAAAGGGACCCAUGCAGAAGUUGUUGUGAAGGUGAAGAAGGUCCUGAAAUCAGGCAAAGUGAAAAUCGCUCGGAGCAACAGAAGCAUCUACCCAGAAUCCUGGACCAACAGGGGAUGUACAUGUCCCAUUCUCAACCCUGGUACUGACUAUCUGAUAGCAGGCCAGGAGGACUCUAGGACCAGCAAACUCCUUGUGAACAUGAACAGCCUGGUGAAACCCUGGAAAGCGUAUUUGGGAAAACAAGUAUCAGAUAUUCUUCGAACUGGAUGCAAAUAA